UUUCUAAGUGGGAGCUGAUGCAGAGUGGUUUAGUUUUUCCUGUGUUUUUGCGUUUCCAUAAGAAGAAGAGCACGGAUGCCCUGGUCUUCUCAUGAGAUGUGGUCAACUCUACAUUAGAGUGGGAGCGAAGGAAGAUUCGUUGUUCUUGGUUUGGCUUUUAAUCGGCACCUGGAAGAGGCACAAACCACUUUCUUACCUCGUCGAGACGUUGUGAUUUCCAUCUAUAGGCGAGAGAGAAGGGUUUGCUCUGAUGAAUUCGAGCGGGGCGACUACCAGCUCCGCCACCAGCGGACCUAGCGAUACAGUUGCUCCCAGAAGGAAUUCUAAGAGACCCAAGUAUUCUAAAUUUACACAACAAGAGCUUCCAGCGUGCAAGCCAAUUCUUACUCCGGGUUGGGUUAUCACUGCUUUCACACUAAUUGGAAUUAUCUUCAUUCCCAUUGGGGUGGCUUCUUUGCUCGCUUCUCGUGAUGUUGUAGAAAUUGUAUACCAGUAUGAGACAGAGUGCAUCCCUCCAAACGCAAGGAAUAAUAAACUUGGAUAUAUUCAAGACCCCACAACAAAUAAGAACUGCAUAGCUACAUUGACAGUGCCAAAACGUAUGGAAGCACCCGUUUAUGUGUAUUAUCAGCUUGACAACUUCUACCAGAACCAUCGCCGGUAUGUGAAAAGCAGAAGUGACACACAGUUACGAAGUCCUACAAAUGAAAAUGACACAAGCGCUUGCGACCCUGAAGACAAUACCGCAAAUGGGUCUCCCAUUGUGCCUUGUGGUCUCAUUGCUUGGAGCUUGUUCAAUGACACUUAUGCAUUCUCACGCAACAACACCACUUUAAAUGUGAACUCAAAGGGGAUAGCUUGGAAGAGUGAUAGGAAUGCCAAGUUUGGGAGCGAUGUUUUCCCCAAGAACUUCCAGAAUGGGGCUUUGAUUGGUGGUGCAAAGCUCGACCCCAGAAAGCCUCUAAGUGAGCAGGAGAAUCUUAUAGUUUGGAUGCGAACUGCUGCUCUUCCGACAUUUAGGAAGCUUUAUGGGAGAAUACAGGAUGACCUUGAAGCCAAUGAAAAGCUAUCGGUGCAGAUAGCUAACAAUUACAACACGUACAGCUUUGGGGGAAAAAAAAAGCUGGUGCUUUCGACUACAAGCUGGCUUGGAGGAAAGAAUGAUUUCCUUGGAAUUGCAUAUAUCACAGUUGGAGGUCUCUGCUUUUUUCUUGCGACCGUCUUCUUUGUGGUCUACCUUUUCAAGCCUAGGCCUCUUGGUGAUCCUUCGUACUUGUCAUGGAAUCGAAAUCCUGCAGGGCACUGAGGAUUUGGUUUAACUGUGUGUUUCCGGCUCUUCUCUGGGUCGGUAAGCGGGACAGGAUCAAGCUGCCGGCCCCUAACCACCAAUCCAAGGCCCCCACAGAUGUAUUUUGAGUUUCCUGGCAACAAUUUAUUUUGAAUUGCCCACAAUUUUGCGGAAGUAUUUUUUAAUUAGUGAACCUGUUAUCUUUGUCUACUUAUUUCGUUAUCUUUUGUUUCCUGAGGGAAUGGACUUGCUCAGGGAUUCUGUGACGUGCAUGCGGUAUUCGUUUUAUAACUCAAAAGCGCAGAUCUUGUUAUGGUGGUCAA